GGAAGUUUCACAAAAAAGUCACGUGGGUGAUUCACGUUGAAAGGAUUUAUGCUGCAACAGACAAUUUACAAGCAUGUUUGUACUAUUUUUUUAAUCAACACAUCUAUUAAAUGGUGUCCAGGUACCUUCAACACCCCUAGAUGUCUGAUCCUCAGCCCUCUCCCUCCACCCCCACCCUCUCCAUUCCUCCCAUCCACUCCUCCCCCACCCCAUCUGUUCUGCUCAACACCGGGGCCAGGAUGCCUCUCCUGGGUCUGGGUACCUACCGGCUCCGCGGCCCUGAUGAGAUCCUCCAGGCCGUCGACGCAGCGCUCUCCACCGGCUACCGCUCAUUUGACACGGCCUCUGUCUACCGGAACGAGGCUGACCUGGGUCGAGCACUGCGGCGACUCCUACCCGAACACGGCCUCUCCCGAGCGGACGUCUUCAUCACCAGCAAGCUGGGCCCCAAGGACCAGGGCUCCAGAGCCAGGGAAGGAGCUCUGAGGAGUCUAGAACUGCUGGAUCUAGACUAUAUAGAUCUAUACUUGAUCCACUGGCCAGGGACCCAGGGUCUGGGGGUGGGAGACAAGAGGAACCCAGAGAAUAGAGCUCAGAGCUGGGCAGUGUUAGAGGAGCUCCACGCCCAGGGGAAACUGAGGGCCAUAGGGGUGUCCAACUACACCCCAGGACAUAUGAAGGAGCUACUGGAGGGGUGUUGUGUCACCCCCGCCGUAAUACAGGUAGAGUUCCAUCCCCGUCUGUCCCAAGGUGAGAUGAGGCAUCUGUGUGGGGAGAAUGGUGUCUGUUUCCAGGCUUACUCCUCCCUGGGGACUGGCUCUCUCCUCCAGGACCCUUUAGUGGUCCAGAUUGCACAGGGAUAUGGCCUGACCACUGCACAGGUGCUGCUCAGAUGGGCGGUACAGCAGGGUGUCCCCGUCCUACCCAAGUCAUCUCACCCCACCAGGGUAGCAGAGAACGGCCACGUGUUUGACUUUGAGCUGACUGCUGAAGAUAUGGAGAGGCUGGGGGGGAUGGACUGUGGACAUAAAUACUGUUGGGACCCUUCACAGGUAGCCUGAGGUAGAAGGAUAACCUGGUGGAGGAGAUGGGGCCUGUAGCCCAAAGACUACUGGUUUGAAUGCCUUGACGUUAGCCUGAAGAUACAUACUCACUGACUGACUGGAUUGCUAUGAAGCAAACGUUGAUAAGAUGUCAAAGUAACGUAUCAGUAACGUAUCAACAGAACUUAAGUUUCCCACUGAGAUUCUUGAACUAAGAGUAGAUUUUUUUGUUGUUGUUGCAACACACAAAGACAUCUGAGGAAGAUUAUGAUACCAAGAUCAAUGCUAUUAUUUUUCAUGUGAUAUUUGUUACAAAUUAUUAAAAUCUGUAUUAAUUUGAUAGUUUCACUGUAAAUAUUGUCCUCAUAUCAAGUGACGAUUUUAUUUAAUAAGUCGGUGUGUAUAUAUAUUUUAAUAAAAUGCACAAAAAAAAUUAAAAUAAAUGAAAAGCACCAAGUAAAUGAUUAGUAAAAAUGAUUUGUUUAUUUGUUUACUUAUGCCCAUAGUACACCAAGUGGUCACACAAAGAAAAUACAUUUACAAAAGUAAUUUUGUAGAAAAAGAAAGCAAAAGUAUUCAAGAUUUCCCCCCCCAUACACAUCAAGUUUCAAGUAAUACCAGAGAUUGAGUCCCAAAUGGAAUCCUAUUCCCUAUAGAGAAUACCAAAUGGAACCCGAUUCCCUAUAGAGAAUACCAAAUGGAACCCUAUUCCCUAUAGAGAAUACCAAAUGGAACCCUAUUCCUUAAAAUAUCCCAAAUGGAACCCUAUUCCAUAGAGAAUACCAAAUGGAACCCUAUUCCCUAUAGAGAAUACCAAAUGGAACCCUAUUCCCUAUAGAGAAUACCAAAUGGAACCCUAUUCCCUAUAGAGAAUACCAAAUGGAACCCUAUUCCCUAUAGGGUGCCAUUUGGGACGCAAGCAAGAGAAGACCGCAAGGCAAGCUUCCCUUUGCACAAUUCUAUCUAGACUCGAGUCCAGUCCGGUUUUAACAGGAUACGUUCAACACCACAAAACGUUGCACAAACCAAGUUAAAAACGGUUUAAAAACAAAUACAGGUUUAAAAGGCAGAAUAAAAAAAAAAAAAAA